AACGUACUCUAUCACCGAGCCGGUCAUAUCACCGAACUGCUCAAAAUGUCUUGGCACAACGAACACCCUCUUUGUUGCAACAUGCCUUAACUACAUAACGCGUUACUAUGUGAACACGAAGGUAGAGUUAACCUUGCCCUUAAAGCUCUUUAUUUAAAACAAUUUAAAAGCUAGAGAGUAGCUGCGCGCGCUUUUAACGUUAAACAACGCAUUCUCUCUACACGCGUUAGAGGAGCCCUAUUUAUCCUUAAAUAAGCACCUAACAGCUACAAACUUACGCUUACAGAAGAGUAAACAAUUGUCUAAUAUAUCCUUAACCUAGAUUCGCGAGGAUUCG